CGAGCUGCUGAAAGAGAACAGAAGGAAGUAAAAUUUUCACCUCCAAAACAUUUCAGGCAGAACCAAAGCAAAUCCUACGAGUCUAACACUGCCUAUUAUUUGAUGGAAGGGUUGGUGCAUUCACAAGUCAACCCAAUUCAUGUUACUUGUAAACACUCUGGCUCUCGUUUUAUUCCCGCUUUCUCCUUGCAGUUGAAAAAGUAUUUGACUAGAGGUGGAAUUUUGUUCAUGAAACCUCCUCAAUCAUUCAGUUCAGUUACUGCUUCAGUUCAACCUUUAAAAGCUGUCUCAUUGGACCAUUUCCACAAUACAGUGCCAUCCAAAGAGGUUCUUGAGCUUUGGAGAAGCGCUGAUGCAGUAUGCUUUGAUGUGGACAGCACAGUAUGCCUAGAUGAGGGUAUUGAUGAACUUGCAGAGUUUUGUGGAGCUGGAAAGGCUGUUGCGGAAUGGACUGCUAAAGCAAUGGGUGGUUCUGUCCCUUUUGAGGAGGCCUUGGCAGCCAGACUAUCUCUAUUCAGCCCAUCCCUAUCUCAGGUCCAAGAUUUUCUUGCGAAGAGGCCCCCAAAGAUAUCUCCUGGCAUAGAUGAGUUGGUCAAGAAGCUGAAGGCUAAAAAUACUGAUGUUUAUUUGAUCUCUGGCGGCUUUCAGCAAAUGAUCAAUCCUGUUGCAUCUAUCCUCGGGAUGCCACUUGAAAAUAUGUUUGCCAAUCAAUUGCUCUUUGGAAGUUCGGGGGAGUUUCUGGGGUUUGAUGCAAAGGAGCCUACUUCAAGAAGUGGAGGAAAAGCAACUGCAGUGCAGCAUAUAAGGAAGGUUCAUGGAUACAAGACUCUGGUUAUGGUCGGGGAUGGUGCAACUGAUCUUGAGGCUCGAAAACCAGAUUGUGCCAACUUGUUCAUUUGCUAUGCGGGUGUUCAACUUCGAGAGACCGUAGCAGCAAAAGCUGAUUGGUUGGUUUUGAAUUUUGCAGAUCUAAUAAAUUCAUUGUAAUAGGUUGUGAUCUUCCUUACUCAAAAUCUGCUUCUACAUUUCUUUUUCA